GGAGACGGAGCUAGGGCAGUGCGGGGCGGACGGGGGAAGGCUCCCGGGCGCUGGUCGCGGCUGCGGGCGGGAGCCGAGCGUCGCGGGAAGCCGUGGACGCGGAGGAAUUCACUUUUAAAAGAUGGCAACUUUUACUCCAAGGAAGAGGAAGCAACAUUUAUUGAAUGGUGAUAGCUUAUCAGAGAGUCCAUCAAAGAAAUUAAUUUUGAACACGUGUCAAAACAGUGAAAAAAUGGAAGAAAAGCAUUGCUGUCAACAAGGCUAUUUCACUUCAAGCCCACUCAAAACGACUAAAAACAAUAGAUUGUCUUCUGUCAGUCAUAGCUCACCAUUUAAAUCUGCUAUGUCUACCGUAUCUUUUUAUAAUAAGGAUAAGUGGUACCUCAAUCCAUUGGAGAGGAAACUGAUAAGAGAGAGUAGAUCCACUUGCUUAACAACUAAUAAUGAAGAGAAAUCUUCCAUUAUAACAGAAAAACUGCAGAGAAAGCUACUCUGUACCAAGAAAAGAAACAAAAAGCCACAGAGGAGUUUAGCUGCCAAAAGUCAUCCAAGAUAUAAGCAUAUCAAGCCCAUGUCAAGAAAUUCUAAAAAUUCCAAACAAAAUCGAAUUCCCUAUAAGCCAAUUACAGACAAAGAGAAUAGUUGUUACCCCGCUGAAAAUAAUCUGAAUAUUCCUCGGGUGCUAAGCCAAAAAACCAAGCCACAAGUUACACUUCAGGGUGGAGCAGCAUUUUUUGUUAGUAGAAAAAAAAUCCCUUUAAAAAAGUCAUCUCUGGAAGAUAAGCCAUCACUGGGACACAUGCAGAAAAAUAAUUCAGAAGUGUCUGAAGAUGCUGAUAAAGAGGCUGUACAUGAAAAAUCUUUUGUUGAGCAGCAAGUGUCAAAGUGCUUGUUACUAGAAGAGAAUUUAAAUAUUCAGCGACUCAGUGCAAGAAGUAAAAAUGAAGAGAAAUCAAUAAAGGACUCAUCAGAUGCAGAAGUUUCAAAUAAUUUUCCUUCCGAGAAAUUGCUUGAUGGGAAAAAGAUGAUUUCUUCCAAGUCCAUUGUCUAUCCCAUCUUCAGUGUAUCUUCAGUCAGUACAAAAAGAUCUCUAGUGGAAGAGCAGUCUCCUGUGGGUUCUGUCACAUGUACUAACUUCUUGAAACAAUCCAAUGUACAGAAAAUUGUGAAUACCAGAGAUUCAAAUAAAGAAACAAAAGACCAGUUCUUCAUUGAUGCAGGUCAGAAACAUUUUGGGACGACUAUGUGUAAGUCUUGUGGCAUGAUCUAUACUGCCUCCAGCCCUGAAGAUGAAAUGCAACAUGCUCACUAUCACCACAGAUUUCUGGAGGGAAUUAAAUAUGUGGGCUGGAAAAGAGAACGUGUGGUAGCAGAGUUUUGGGAUGGAAAGAUUGUGUUGGUUCUGCCACGUGAUCCAAGCUAUGCUCUCAGAAAGGUUGAAGAUGUCCAAGAACUUGUUGAUCAUGAAUUGGGGUUCCAGAAAGUUGUUCCUAAAUGUUCAAACAAAACCAAAACUUUUCUCUUUAUAUCUGAUGAAAAAAGGGUAGUUGGAUGUUUAAUUGCAGAGCCCAUCAAACAGGCCUUUCGUGUCCUGUCUGAACCAGCUGCACCAGAAUCCUCAAGCUCUAAAGAAUGUUCUAGAGCUUGGCAAUGUUCAGAUGUACCAGAACCUGCCAUCUGUGGGAUAAGUAGAAUAUGGGUUUUCAGACUGAAAAGAAGAAAACGCAUUGCGAGACGACUGGUAGAUACUGUCAGGAAUUGCUUCAUGUUUGGUUGCUUUCUCAGCACUAAUGAAAUAGCAUUUUCUGACCCGACUCCAGAUGGCAAGUUAUUUGCAACCAAGUACUGCAAUACUCCUAAUUUUCUCGUAUAUAAUUUUCAUAGUUAGAAGCUGAUUGCAGUCAUAAAACAGGUGCCAUGUUUUAUAAGUUCAGAUGGGUCCUUAUACACUGUAAACUGUUAUCAAAAUGAAAGUUACUGAGACUGAUACACAAAUUUGUAUACCAGUUUUGUUCCUUCUGUUAGAAAGCUAGGAGUAAAUUUGUUCAAAAUUAUUUGGGAUACAAAGAAAAUAUAUUUGGGUGUACUCCACAUCCUUAAUUAUGAAACUUUAUAGUUGCAACUUGAAAGCAGUGGUGCUUCCUAAGUAGGAUUACUGGCAGAGCAAUAAGUAGUAUGAACUUACUUCGGACUCAGGAGUGUAUUGUCAUGCCCAUCAGAAGCAGACGUAGUUCUAAACUGAGGCAAGUAAUUUUCCAUAUCCAAUUUUUAAUGGCAAUUCCUGCACUCUUUUACAUAGUUCUUUUCAGGCAUAUUCUGUAGCAACUCAGUUGGGUAUAUAUUUACACAGUGUUCUGUCAUGCUUACUCUUGUCUGAUUUCAGAAGGUAAGCAGGGUCAGGCCUAGAUAUUGGAUGAGAGUUUUGAAAUUCUGGUUUGUAUUAAGAUAGUAAGGAAUGACAAUAUCCCAUGUACAUUUAAAACAGAAUUCUAUAGCUUAGUAUUUUAAUCAGCUAAACAAUCAAGUUAAUCAGAUGUGAGACCUUAUUAAAUUAUACAUGAUCAUUUUGUCAUUUCAUCUAUUUUUUUUGUAUGAGAAUGCUGGUACUAAUUUUUAGGCAACUUAGUAAUUGAAGUCACUAGUAAAAUGGAUGCCUAGUUGGAUUGAUUGAUUAAUUUGGCUUCAUAUGUUUUUGUUUAAAUAUGUCUCAUUUGACCAGGUAUGGUGGCUCACCCCUUUAAUGUUAGCACUUGUGAGGCUGGUGCAGGAGGAUUGCCACAAGCUCCAGAACAACCUGGGCUACAAAAUGAGACCCUGCCUGAAACAUCACAAAAAAGUACACCUUAAUUGGCAAAUAUCAUUACAAAACAUGGUAACAGAAGGUUAUCAAGGGUAUGAAAUCUAUCAAAAGUAAUGGACCAGGCUGGGGAUCUAGCUAGUGGUAGAGUGCUUUGCCUAACAAAAAUAAUAAACCAGAUGCCACAAUGAUACUGUGUAAUAUUAUAUUCCCAGCUGUGCAUGUGCUUUCCAGGGUAAAUCUUGGAUACUCACUUUGUAAAGCAAAAGGUAAUGUAACUGCUUUCUGACAAUCAGACUUUUUAAGAAAUAAUUUUCCAAGUUGUCUUGCUCUGUGUUCAUCUACGAUCCUUUGUAUUUCAAAGUUAACUGUUUCAAAAUUUAAUAUCCCUGGCUUCUACAACUAAUGGAGAUGUUUUAAAAUGUGUGUAGUUAUAUAAACAUUUUAAUGAUAUUUUCUGCACUACUGUUAAUUCUUUUAAAUGUUUUAUUAAAAGUUUUAUUAAUACUCA